AUGGUCUCAGAUAUGUAUUCAAGUAAACUUCCAUUUCAAUUAUCACGUUCUCAUAAUAAUAAUAAUAAUAACAGUAAUAAUAGUAAUAAUAAUAUUAAUAACAAACGUCAAAAUCAACUCUCCCAGCAUCAUCCUCCUCAACAUCAUCAUCAUCACCACCACCAUCAUCAUCAUCAACGUCAUUUAUCUACCAGUCCACAAGUAGCUGGUGCUGGUGCUGGUGAUUUAACAACAACAGCCGGUCAAUGUUUAUCACCGAAAUGCUCUUCUGCUGCGGCAUCAGCAACAUCAUCAUCAUCGUUAUUUCCAAGUCAUCUACAACAAUCUAUUCCGUAUUGUCGAAGUCCAAUUGGUGUCAACCCUAGCGCUGCUGUUGGUGGUAAUCAUGUGAAUUAUCCACUGGAGAUUUUUUCAACUACCACAAAUUGUCCAAUGAAUAUCGUUUCUACGAUCAAUACUACUACUACUACUAAUACUUGUACUACUAAUAGUAGUAAUAAUCAAGUCAUUAGUGAAAAAAUCAUUCAACAUUCAAUACAACAACAAAAACAUCAACGUCGUCUAACUAGACGUGGUGUUAGCUCUCGUGCUUUCAAUGACAAAAUUAAACUACACAGCAAUACUACUAAUAAUAAUAUUAGUAAUAAUAAUUAUGGUAUUACUGUUACUGCUGGGAAUUCUACCGGACUAACUGUUCCAUUAAAACCAACCAAUAAAUCAUCAACUAGUCGAUCUUAUAGUAUGGCUGAACAUGAUCCAAAAGGUUUUGCACAAAUUUUAUCAGAGAAAUUACAACGUUUAUUAAAUAAUCAAUUAGUUAUGGAACGUCUUGAUCAUUUAAUGAUUGAAACUAGUCCAAAUAUUCAAGAAACUCAAGAACCAAUUGAUGAAUCCAAUGAUGUCAUAAUUACAAAUAAAAAUGAUACAUUUAAUAUGAGCAAAACAUCAACUAAUCAUCUUGUUAUAUGUACAACAACAAAUCCUUAUUCUACUAUGACAAAUACUACUAAUACUACUACUACUACUACUACUCAUUUACCUAUUAGUCAACCAACACCAUCGAUUGUUAGUAGUAAUGUUACGUCAAUUGUUACUGUUCCUACGACCACUAUGACAACUGCGACUGCUACAAAUGCUGUUACUACUACUACUGCUACUACUACUACUCCUUCAGUACUUCAACGUCCAUGGGCUGAUAAAUUAUUGGCUGCUGCUCGUGUUCAACAUGAAAAUACACGUGAAAAUGCUCAGGCUAUUCUAGAGGAUCAUUGUUCAAGAAUAUGGGCUGCCUCGGCUGAUCGUACUCCAAGUAGCAGUGGAGGUGGUGAUGUAGGCAGUGGAGGUGAUGGCAGUGGAAGCGGUGGUCAUCAUCAUCAUCAUCAUCCUCGUGAUGAAGAUGAUGAUGUUGAUGAUGAGAUGUUAUUGCAAAGAAAUUUUGGUUCCAAUUUAAACGAGUGUACUAAUGCAUUUAUAUCAUCGCCUUGUGUGAAUACUUAUCAACAUGAUGAAAUCAAACAUUGGUCACAUUGUAAUCAUCCAAUGAUGCAAUCAUCAUCAUCAUCACAACAACAUCAAAUACGUGAUCAACAAUCAACACUUCAAUCUGGAUCUUCAUGUUAUCAAGAUAACAAUAAUAAUAAUAAUCAAACCAGAGAAUCAUAUCAUCAACAUCAACAUCCUCAUCAAUCUAACACCAGUACAAUCGAUUCAUCUGUUGUUACAAAAUCAUUGCCUCUAAUUGUUCCACCAUGGUUUAAAACAUUUUCUCAAUCAACUAAUCCCUAUCAAUUAUCCUCAUCAGUGAAUCAGUCACGCACACAUUGUACAGAAGAGCAUUUAAUCAAGACGAUUAUACCGAUCAACAAUGAUGAUCAUACCACAAUCGCAACACAACAACAGCAACAACAUGAUGAUGCUGAUGAUGUUACAUAUCAAACAGAGAAUAGUCCAAUAAAUAUUACUCAUAGUAGCGUUAGUAGUAGUAGUAAUAGUAAUAGUGGUAGUAGCGGUAGUAGUAGUAGCGCUAGUUGUACCACCGCGACGACCACUACAACGACUACGACUACCACUACUGCUUCCAACACAACUAGCCGUACCACCACUGAUCAACAUCAUCAAACUUCUAUUGUUACCACAACAAACACUACAUCGCAUUCAACGCAUUCUUCAACAAUUUCAACGACAACAACAACUUCAAAUUCUACACCAGCUGUAUGCACGGCAUCGAAUUCACUUGUUAUCGGUUAUUAUAUGGGUGAUGAUCCGGUACCUUAUCGAAGUUUAUGGCCAUCAACAGAAAUUACACUUGGUCAAUUUAAACAAUUAAUACCAAAGAAAAAAGGUUUAUUCCGAUACUUUUUCAAAAAAGCAUCGGAUGAAUUCGAUUCCGGUGUAGUCCACCAGGAGAUCACCAAUGAAGAUACUAUUUUACCAUUAUGGGAAGGUAAAAUUGUUGCCAAGGUGGAACGAAUUGAUUAAAUUCCAUCAUGGGAUGAGCUGGCUGGCAGGCGGGCGGGUGGACGCGCGGUUGGGCCGUUGUCGUUUUUUAUAGUCAUAAUAUUUUUUUUGUUUUGAUGAGUGACAUUUGUUGUACUACUACUGUUCAUUGCUUCAUUGUCUCUCUCUCUCUCAACACACACACACACACUCUCUCUCUCUGUCUCCGUGUGUGUGUGUGUGUGUGAAUCAUGCACACCAGAUCAUUUCAUUUAAUCUUGAUGCUGUGAAAUUCAUUUCAUUAAUAAGCGCCUCCUAAAUUGUAAUUGAAUCAUUAUUUUGAAAACUCCAUUAUACACACACUAAUACACGGUCGUCUCUCCUUGCUGACUUUUCUUUGUACCGUUAGUUCUUCAUUAUUGAUGCUUCCGUUAUCAUCCGGUCCUGCGUGUGUGUGUGUGUAAAAUCUAUGAUUUUCAUUUUUAUUCUAACACUAUCGAUGAUGAUGAUUUGUGAUGAUGAUGUAGUCGCAGUAAUUUGUGCCUUCUUGCCGUUGUCGAGCGCGCGCGGGUACAACGUGCUGUUAGUCAGUCUCUCUCUCUUAGCCAGUGUAACAUCAUCUUACAGACAGACGCAUGUGCACCGGAACUGUAGUGACAGUUUUUUUUUCAUUUACGGGCUAAACAGGGUACAAAUAAUAAUUUAAAAUAAUAAUAUCCACACAUAGUUUUAUUGUACUUCAUUGUAAUUCUUAUUUUCACAUCUUUGUACACUACUUCUUUACACUCUUUGUGUUUUGUGUUUUAUGACUAAUGUACAUUGAAUUUGUGUUAUUCCCUUGGGCUAGUGAUGAUACUUAGGGAAUGGAGAUUAGUUAACUGGUGUGUUUUUGACUUUUGACAAUGAUUGUCCAAGAUUGAUUGAUUGCUUUUAUUUUUUGCAUAAAAAUGCAUACUACUACUGUGGUGCGCGCUACUUAUAUAAGUAGUAUAUGACGCGAGUAAAAAAACGUAAUGUCUGGCAGCAGAAGAUGGGGGGGGGGAGAUCAACAAGAAAGGAAGAGUGGGGGGAACACAAUGGAAUUUGUGUAUGAAACGCAUGAAUAGUGAGUGAAAUGUCAGACAAUGGAUUGAUGAUGGAUUGAAGAUUUGCAAAUUAACCGUUUACGAUAUGGUUUUUCCUAUUUUACUGAGUAACUAUGUAAUUUGCGAUAAAUACAAUUUCGGUUGCCCUCAUCUGUGUUCUCCUUUACUACACUACUACUACUAAUAAUAAUAAUAAUAAUUUAAUGUGUACACUCUGUGGAUAAACUUCUGUUGCCUUUGUACUCUUGCCUCUCUCUGUUUAGAUUUUAUUUUUUCGCACAAUCCUAUUUCUUCAGUACGUGCAACAACAAACACAACUUGUGGAUACUUUCAAUCGGUGUGUGUGUGCCGGUGUGUUUCUUGUAAUCAUCCUACUUACUCAAUGGCUUACUUUUCCAGUCCCCAGUUCUUCAUAGUUUUCACUCUACUAAUUGUCGGUUAUGACAACUUUUAAUUAGUUUCUCAUAGUGGCUUGAUGUACUCAAAAAAUAAUUUGAAUAUUUGUAGUACACAUACAUACAUACGUACACACACACGCACACACACAGACACACUUGACAUUAUUCACUUUGACGUACUUUUUUGUGCAGUCACAUAACUUAGGGGACAAUAUAUGUUCGUCUUCUUCUUAUUCUUCUUACUGUUUUUCUUCUAAAGAAGAUUUUUUUACUUCCCCUCAUGCACAAAGUGUGCGUGUGUGUGCGCAUCUGUUUGGUUGUUACGGUGCAUCAAUACGCACAUGAAGAUAGAUUGAAAUGCAAAAAGUAUCAAAUGG